UACGCAAUCCAAAGAAUACAAACCUUGGCUAUAUUCUAGCCAAAAAAGCUCAUCCCGCUGGCUCCUCGUCGGAGCUCACCUCACCACCAUGCUCUUCUCCUCCCUCACGCUGACCUGCGGCCACGCUCCGCUCCCCCUGUUCCGCAAACCACGGCGCUUCAUCCUUGAUAGAACCGCCGCCGCUCCCCAAACCAACGCCUCUCGCUUCACCUUCCUGCCCGGACGGAGAGGAGUAGCAGCGCCGCGCCGGGGCUGGGCUCAAAUCUGCCGGGAUUCCUCCCCGCGGGUUGCCGAUGCGGUGGAGCAGGACAAAGAGAGCAAGAACGACCUAGCGACGGCGACCCUCCCCAAGAUUGGAGGUGGCAGUGGUGGGGGCGUUGGUGGCGGCGGCGGCGGCGGCGGCGGCGGUGGCGGCGGUGGGCAGCUCAGCGACUGGAUAACGUCGGGUUUGCUGUUCGGGAUAUGGGCGGGGCUCAUGUACUACGUCCUGCAGCUCGCACCAAACCAGACGCCAUACAGGGACACAUAUUUCUUGCAGAAGCUUUUAAAUCUUAAAGUCGAUGAUGGCUUUCGAAUGAACGAAGUUCUUGUGUCUCUGUGGUACAUAAUGGGAAUCUGGCCACUGGUGUACAGCAUGUUGCUUCUUCCCACUGGAAGAAGUUCAAAAAGCAAGAUCCCAGUCUGGCCAUUCCUGGUGCUUUCAUGCAUUGGAGGAGCAUAUGCGUUGAUUCCUUACUUUGUUCUGUGGAAACCUCCUCCACCUGCCAUUGAUGAAGAUGAAAUUGGACAAUGGCCAUUAAAAUUUCUCGAAUCUAAAAUAACUGCAGGAGUAAUUUUUGCCGUGGGCCUUGGGCUGAUUAUCUUUGCAGGCAAAGCUGGUGGUGAUGAUUGGCGGGAAUUUUUUCAAUACUUUAGAGAGAGCAAGUUUAUUCAUGCCACGUGUCUUGAUUUUACUUUGCUCUCGACCUUCGCGCCUUUUUGGGUCUACAAUGAUAUGACAUCAAGACGAUGGAAAAAUGGUUCUUGGGUUCUGCCACUGUCACUUGUGCCUUUGCUUGGACCCUCAUUGUAUCUUUUGCUGCGUCCGUCUCUGUCGUCUCUGCUAGGGGCAACCUCUUCAUCAUCUGACAAUGAAGAAUCUCUGAAAUAGCUAGAAUGCAGCCACUGAUCAAUUUUGGCCAUGUGUAAAUGAUACAAAUAAGAAGAACGAUUAAGAUUAAAUUCUGGAAAUUGCAUUCAUCAGCUUGAUCGGGA